AUGGAGCCACAAGUCCCUUUCGAACGUAUGCCAACAUUGGGCGAGUCGGUCACGCAGUUGCUCUCUGGGUUUACCACUUGCAUCGAGCUCUGCUACACAAUUGAGAAAAAUGGACGUCUGGGUGCAUCACAAGGUGCUUUUCAGGAAUUGCAAUUAAGGCUCGAGCAUAGCGCCCAGGAAAUCCAAAUUGUAUUCGACGCCCUACGGGACUACGUUGGGUCACUGAUGGAGCUCGGCGACGUAGAAGCUCGCAAUUGUCUGAAGGAAUCAAUUUACUUGAUGCAAUUCCGGGUUCAACGAAAACUGGAUGGUAUUGCCUCCGGGCGCUCCGACAGAACUUCGCAUAAUCCUGAGUUGCCGGGAUUUAGAGAUUUGCGGAGCCUAGUGGAAACGGUUGAAGAUAAUGUAACACAGGAUCUGGAAGCGCAAGCCCAGAGAUUGCAGGACAGGCUGGCCAGAGCACGAGCAGAUAUCUUGGCCGAAGAGAGAGCCAGAACAGGCUAG